AUGAGUUCUAGCUCAGAGACAUCGGUAGUAGCUGGGUUCGACCGUGGAGUGCCAUCGAAGUGUGUUUGUGGAGCCGGUGUAAUGAUCUUUAUAUCAAGAACUGAAGAGAAUCCUGGUCGACCGUUCUUCAGGUGUAUAACAAAAAGGGGUCCUAGCUCGUGGACAAAUAAAAGAGAUAGUCACUUGUUUAAGUGGGUGGAGGAUGUUGUGUAUGAGGAAGUUCAAGAUGCAUUACCAAAACUAGGAAUUAUGGCCAAUGAGAUUGUGAAAACAAAAACGGAGGUUAAUGAUUUGAUUGGUGCUUUACAAGACUUGAAAGAAGAAGCAUUAUGGAGCAAAAUGGAAAUCCGCAAGUUUACAAAGUGGUUGAAAGUGUGUUUCGUUUAUCUUUGUUUUGUAUCAGUUGGCAUUGCUUACCUAGUGGUUGUUAAAGCAAAGCAAACAAACUUUGGUUCGUUUGCUCUUGGUUAUUAG